AUGUCCACCGUGAUGUGGGUGCCACAAUAUCCGUCUCCUUGCGUUCCUUAUCAAUUCACUUCGGAUCUCGAGGCAAAAGGGGAGGUGAACCGGAGCGAGAGCCAAGAUGACGAUGGCCGAUGGGUAGGAAGUGAAACAGGCGGAAACGACUGUGGGGAGGCGAGUUCCACUGUGAGGGGAGGGAAAAGGCCACGCGGAGAGAAGGGAAGAGACAAGGAUACGGGAAGAAGUCAAGAGGAACAACCUCUUUUUCCGCAGGCGGCGAGAGAUAAAGAGAGAGAGAAAGAGAGACCAACCAACGAAUACGAAAUGAGGCAGCCGGAAGCGGGAAAAGGAAUGACUGCAAAUGCAAGAGUAGAAGAGCAGAUGAGUGAAGAGUUGGAAGAAAAAGAAGGGAACAAGAACCAGAACCAGAAGAAAAAGGCCGUCGAGAAGGCGAGCCAGAAGGCAAAAAGGGAGUCUCGAAAGGAAGGCCUGAACCCAAAACUGGAACCUGAUGGGGAAUUUGCGGAGGCACCUUAA